AUGUUUGUGUUCUACAUCCAAAAUUACCCUAACGGAAGCCAGAAGCCAGAACCUGAUGAUGAGACCUCACCAACCUUAAAGGCAUCACCCCACGAAUCUGGAGUGGUACGGAUUUCCGGUGGAGUAUUCGUAUACGGGGUCGUAGAUUAUGGAGAGGAUGAUGAUAUAGAUUCCAUUAUUAUGUCGUAUUUUCUUCGUGAACUCGUCCCUCGUGACAACUCGCCCUCCACGUCAAGUGAACAAUCACCAUCACAAUUAGUUUCUGAACAGUAUGGCCAGCUCAUUAAAAAGUAUUAUCCUGUGCGAACAAAGGGCAGUGUGCUGCGGAUACCGUCGUCCAGGGAAACAGAGGAGUCACAGCAAGAAAUCGUACAGUUACCACAAUUAUCUUCGGAACUGUGUGCAGCAUUACAUGUUGUCGGGCCUCCAUCAUCAUUUGCGACCGUUGCAAUUGCGAAAACGCUGCUCGCAAAAUACAGCGAUUUGCUGGAAAAGAAAGAGACGAUGGAAGCUGUGGACGAUUCGCACCAUGUUGACAAUGCUCGCGAGAGAAUAGAUCGUAGUGAGAACGCGAAGACCGAUCAACUGGUAUGUGUCGGCAUGUCAUGUGUGUUUGACAUAUUGCGGCAACUAAGCCGAAGGGAUCCGGAGUUAUGUGUUCAAGCGCUAAACUCACUAAUGGCUCUUCUACAGAAUUUGCCAGUAGAUAGUUUGCGAAGCGAACCUAAGCCGUCCGUAGAGUCGAUGAUGAGAGUACUUCGGAAUUUGCGCGAGGAAGGGUCUCCGUCCGUUUGUUCUCGUGCGUCUAGUUGUUUAGCUGCAUUAGCUGUGUGUAGUGGGCUGCCAGAUCAUCUGAUGGAGGCCGUCGAUGCGCUUAUCUGUACCCAGAGGAAUGAACCUCAGAGCACAGUAUCUUCAUAUGACGACCUACAAGUUCCUGAAAAUUUGCAUAGGCUCUGUCUGAAAAUUCAGCAUAAAGCCCAUAAAGGAGCAGAAGCAGGGAGCAGUUCGUGGUCAGAACGUCCGUUAGAUGAGCACAGAGUAUUGUGUAGUUUUGAUUUGCCUCCGCUGCCAACCGAUUCUCCAUCAGACACACCUGACGAUGAUAUGAGAUUGCAAGGAUCGAUAGCCUGUGAUGGAACGUAUGCUUACGUGCUAAACUAUGUCGGGUUUUACAAAAUUGGUUCUGGUCUGCAAGAAACUGUGUUAGGAAAGCUAUACGCCUCAAAUAACUCGAUGAAAGCCACACGAAAUUGCUUGCUCACCUUCUGUAACGGAUCUCUGUAUUUACGGAGAGGACAGUCAUCCUGCAUAUCCGUAAUUGAUACUGAUUCAUUACGAGACAUUGGAGAGGUUAUCUUGCCAACGGAUUGCGUACAAACGGCGUUGUUCUCGGAUGGAUCGUCUUUCUAUCACGCCUCUGUUACCUCCCAGUCAACUUUACAUUUGAUACCUCUUAACGACUCCUUCGUACCAAUCGCGGAACCGAAAUCUCGUCACGCUGUUCGACUUACUGAUGUCUCUUUUUGCUGUAUGGGAGAUACUAAAUCAACACCGUUCAAGCUCCCGCUCACGAUUCCGAAAUAUUUGCAUAACCAAGCAGCAGAUCUCCAUCUAGGAAAGGACAUUGCCUUUUUGCAGUCCCGUUCUGGAAAGAUUUAUUAUGCCGGCAAUGGUAUCAAAUAUGGCCUACAGGAAACUGGAACAACAUGGAUGGAAUUGGUGCUACCGGAGAGCAUCGUCCAGAUGUCUGUUGGAGCAGAGUACGUUUUGUUCCGAGCUGGAAGUGGGCACGCGUGGAUAGCUGGUGGCGAUGAUGGUAGAAGAGCCGGUAAACUAAGGCGACUAACGACAGUAAACAGGCGAAAAACACAAGCAGUAAGUUGUGCUGCUGGAAGCUACGCAUAUGUCACUGACAAUGGGCGGGUUUAUGUGGGUGGGCGACACGGGAUGAACGUGUAUCCAGAAACCGGUCAAAUUCUGGGUUUGGACGGAACCCAUAUGUCUUCCAUAGCUCUUGGCAAAACUCAUGCUGUAGCUAUUUCCAAGCAAGGUUAUGUCUACACAUGGGGAUUGAACAACCUCAAUCAAUGCGGAAGAACUGAGCAAGCACCAACGUCUUCAAAUGCACAAUCGCGUCGACGUGGUUCGGUGGUCGCAUGUGAGCCUUCAGAACAUCUUUUUGUUAAGGAUGUUCCCUCAUACUGUGCUCAAUGCGGCCUUUGUUCUGCUCGUGGUUCAGCUUGUCCGCUGCCUGUUUUCACAAGAAAAUCUGCAACUUGCAAUUGUGGCACUGGCGACACCACAUGUUUGAGAUGUGGUUUGUGUCGUGCUUGUGGAGAAUCGACUCAGCAACGUCCUGCUGGUGACACACCAACUCGAACCGUGCUUGCACCAGCGAGAGUCACUAUAGUUAGGAACCAGCAAAAUGUAAAAAUCUCAUCAGUAAGCUGCGGCAAUUUCCAUACGAUUUUGCUUGCUGCUGACGGAACUGUCUUCUCAUUUGGAUCAAAUUGCCAUGGACAGCUGGGAACUGGAGAUGUGAGAAGUAAAACCGAGGCUCAAUUGGUGGUGCUUCCACCAGAAGUGCAAGUUGUCCAGGUAGCUGCUGGUGCUAAUCACUCGGUAUUACGUACCUCGUUAGGGGCUGUUUUUACUUUUGGUGCUCACAAAAUGGGCCAACUAGUCAGGUCGCCCGAGGAUAGCAGCUGGUGGCAUGCAGCUCCUGGUCGAGUCCCAGGAUUUGGACCCGGGUGUGAGUCGUUUGCGACUUGGAUUGGAGCUGUUGGUGACGCAACUCUUAUUCACAGUCAUACAGCGUUGAUACACUCCGAAGAUGUGAUUGAUGCACAAUUAGUAGCUAGCAAGCACGAUCUCUUCAUAUUUCCACGACAGGUGGGUAAAGAGUAUGUAGCAUUUCGAAGAAAACAUGGCUGUUUUGCGCAUCAUCAGUUGGGAACCUCCGGUUUGUACACGAGUUGGUGCCUAGAAUCUCGAUAUGACAUUCUUUGGUCGUACAAUGCGGCUGAAAUGCGAGUACAAGCCAUCUCCAUACAUUUGUCGACACCAAAGGAAAUUUUUUCUGAUGGCAUAAACUCACUAGCAUUUCUGAGAUCACCAGAAUGGGCGGUUCCUCAAGAAAGCCCCACGCAUUGUUCCUCAACUCAGCUGGGGAUUUCCCUACUUAGUUGCACUUAUGCCGCAGCAGCUAUAGCGAAAGGAAGAUUGUGGAAUGAGAAGGAUUUCAUGAACUCACCCGAGCAUGGCGUGUCGCCUUCAGGGGGUCGUUCUGUUGUAUGCCGUUUUGAGUCAACUGGAGGAGGCUGGGGGUACUCUGCUCACUCAAUUGAAGCUAUUCAAGUGAAAGCUAGCAAGGACGUGCGAUUUCUUGGUAUAGGCCUAUACGGUGGACGUGGUGAAUAUAUUGCAAAGAUUAAGCUGUUCCGGCUGCCAAGCGACGUCUCCGACGAGCAAUGUGCAGAAUUGCUGUCGGAGUCCGACGAAACGCUCUACGAUUGUGGCCAAAGGGAAGCAGCAGCGUUGAUGCUAGCUCAACCAGUACUCAUGAAAGCAAACCAUUGGCAUGUAGUUAGUGCGAAGAUCAGCGGUCCUUCUUCGGAUUGUGGAGCGACAGGUCGUCGCGUGGUGGAAUGUGAUGACGUUACAUUCACAUUUCGGAAUUCAGCUAUUUCCAAUAAUGGGACGGAUGUAAAUGUUGGACAAAUACCGGAACUAUAUUACCAGGUUGUCUCAUCAUCCGGAGAAGCCACUUCAAGUGAGGAUGAAAAGCCAGAUGAAUAUGGUAGCUCCCGACUGUUCUCAUCUUCUUCCAUGGAUACGGUGUCGCCCUCAGCAUUUCUGGCACUACUCAGAGUUUUUGACUGGUCGCUCACUCGUGUGUUUGAAUUCCAUUGUGAGGGGGAUCAACGUCUGUGGAAUACUGAGCGAGCGGCUGCGACUGCGCUAAUUGUCAUGAGAAUUUUGAGUCGAUAUAUUCUCCUUGUGUACCGUACUAAUGGUGAAGGCGAGGAGCCGCUUGCGACUUUUGCUGGAGCUGUUGUUCUGCUUCACUCGGCAUUACUUUCAAUGUUCGACCGCGCAAAUGAUUGUAUCUUGGAGGAGAAUUUUGCGCUCACAGUUGUUCUCAAUGAGGCAAUCAACUUGUUCGUCGAGAUCUCAUCCUGCUUCAUGCCUUCACGUUAUCUCUUGGUCCGUCAUCUAGCGCUUGCUAUUUCCAGCCCGGUUGGGCAUCCACUAAUAGCCGCUGUGGUAGGAAGCCUUGCUAAGAGAAGUACACUUGUGGACGUAUUUCUCCACAAAACCGAAUUUGUUCGAUUUCCGCAGUUAUCAAAAGAGCUCAGUCAACACUUCACAAUGGAACAACAGCGAGUGGACACCCUCACUGCUUUACCAAAUAUUCUUCGGUUUCUCUACGAAAAGUCGUUCAGUGAGUCAAAUGAUUGGUGGAAUGUUGCUAACAUAGCCCAGGACAUUGUGGUCAAACUGUCCAAAGAGCUGGCAAUUCCAGACGUUCACAAAUCUCUUGCUAGCACUAUUGUACAAACACCUAUUCGAUUUCGGCGUCGAAGCGCCGUGUGCACAUGGGAUAUGUCAGACGGUGCUACAGAUGCUAUUUGCAUUCGCGUGGAAGGUGGUCGAAUAGCUCUUCGGGGUGUCGGAGUUUACCUUCAUGCGGAGCAAGUGAGGAGGAUCUGGCAGUGCGAGGUGCACGUACUUCGCGACGGGGACCAGUUUUCUCUCUUGAGUAAAACCAGCUGCGAACUAACUAGUGGUGGGGCAGUCGACACUGGCGUUAUCCUUCUUCCAGACUCGGUAACAUUGGCUGUAGGUGUCACAUACGCUAUCAAGGUGUGGACACCAGAGAACGGGAAGACGUAUUGCGGAGAAGGUGGAGUGAACUACAUCCGGCUCAACAAUGGUGCGCGAGUAACUUUUUCAUCUUGUCCACUCAGCGAGAAUGGCACAUCACUACAACGCGGGCAGAUACCGUUUUUUCUAUAUUCGGUUGUGGAGUCGGAGAAGAUAGAUGUUGGUGAAGCACAAGAUGAGAUCCAUAAGUCAUUUGUGAUGCUGCUGCGCUUGCUUUCUAAUAAGAUUGGUGCAUUCCUAGUCAACGGGCUGAUUCCUCAGUGUGCACGGUCUCUCAUCUCCCGCAUAUCCGGGCAUGUGAUGGUGUUUAUGGAACUGUUUCCAAAUAAAGCAAUGGAGAUCACAUGUGUUUUGGAACAACUCAUACCAAUGGUGUCCAACGUGAAUGCCUCCGUGAAAACUAGUACAAUCAGCGAGUCGUUCGAUCGGAACUCUGAGAUAUGUGAAGGGAGAACCACUCAAAUCACUGUAGAAAGCCCUCAUCCAUACAAAACCAACAACCUGUACUCUGUGGUGGUAGGUUUCGAAGAUACGGUGCAUUUUCUCUGCGUGCAGUUCUCGCCUUCUUGUGAGACAGCGCAAGCUGAUGAUCAGCUGAGGUUAUAUAUGGGCGUAAAUAAGGAAAGUUACGUGCCAGUCGGAAGAUUUUUUGGCUCGAAGGACUGGCCAUUGACGCCUUUACUCCUCCCAGGCAAUUCGCUUUGGUUUGUGUUAGAAACAACAGCGGAAGUCGAUGGUGUCACUUCUGAGCAGAUGUAUGGUUUCCAUUGCACUGUUACUGGUUACCCGGCUGCUCGCAAAGACUCAAAUCUUAGGCUUGAGCAGGAACUAGCCUGGUUAUCAGCAAGCGCCUGCAGAAUCAUGGUUCAGUUCUCAUCUGAUGCGUCGUCUUUAACCCACUUAUCUACCGCUGAAGAUGACACAAGAGUUUUGUUGGAGAAACAUGGGUCACUGCUGAAGAAAGGACUUAGCCUUACCCAUGUUCCAACACUGAAUGAGCUUGUCCAAAAAGGCCUGCCGUCGUCUGCGCAGUCGCCUGACCUAGUUUUCUUGAGAGAAUUUCUCUCUGCGUGCACCACAUCUACUGCCGGUUUCCUGGCUCGAUGGCUACCAUCAGGUCCAGUAGUAGAUCCUGCUCGCUGCCAGCUCAGCAUUGUUCAAACGGAUAUGGCUGUUGGAAAACCGAUUACAAUCCGUCUCACCACUAAAGAUCAAUUUGACCGAGAAGUGGUGUGUUCUUCAAUGUGCGUUGAGGUGUCAAUGACAGCCGGUAAUGCUUCCAUCUACACUUCAGCUAGGUUUGCCUCAGCUGCCUUGCCGUCCUUGGAUCUUAUUAAGAAGAACCCUUUCCAACCUGUACUAAUGAAUCGUUGUCGCUACAUGUCAAUCUCUGCGAUGCCAGCCUACUUGAACUACUGUUAUGAGGAAAUUCGUCUUGGCUUCACGAAAGCUACAGUUGUAAGAGAAAAAAUCAACUUGAAGCACAAGAACAACUGCACAUUUGAGGGGGAGUGGACUCCUACAGUGGCUGGAAGCUACCGGGUUGCAUGUCGCGUUGAUGGAUGUGAACUAACACAUAACUAUUUGAUCGAAAUUUCGGAACGAGAGGAGAACACGACACGGCGGCGGGAGCACCGUGCAGCGCAGUUAAGCAGGGCUAGGAAGGCUGCCAUCCCAGCGACGUUACCAUUUCAAGCUAUUCGCAUGCGACUUGGCACAUCGUUAACUGCUCCUUGUGUUGGUACUAUUCCAAGAGGUGGCACAAUCUCGUACAUUGAAAAAAUAGAGAACGAAGAUGGCAAAUGGCUGCGAUUAACUGAUGAGACGGCAGUGCUCUACGGGCACGGAAACAUUUCCGGACAGGUCUGGUGUCUUGCAUAUCAUCAACAUCUUCGCCGUGAGCUGAUUCCAGUCGUAACGGAUAUGGUGGAUAGGCCCUCUGUGAGGCGACAAGAGGACCCACCCACGUUACAUACCUCGCCUGCUCAGCAGAGCGUCAUUAUAGAAGCAAACGAGACGUAUAUUCUUGACGCCUCUCAGCGUAUCCAGCUAUAUAGUCGGCCGUCACCAGAUGCUGUUAUAGAAGGGGCAAUGCUAGAAGGACGUACUGAGCUAGAAGGAAGUGGAUGGGUCUCCAAUCAGCAUGGCGUUUGGGUACGGGUGGCGAACAACAAUCAAUUCAUCCUAGCAGAGAAUUCCAUUGGUCGCAGUUCGAUUCAAUCGCAGUCCCUAUCCAUAAAUGGAAAUGAAGAGGAGGAAAGGUCACCGCCCGCACGGCAGCAGGGCACCACUUCCAUGGCCAUUGCUUUGCGACCUUCUGUAGCGGAGUGUUGUCGUACAGUAUUUGCUGCAUUUCUUUGGCAUGAACAUCUUGUAAAGGAUGCGAUGGCUGCAGCGGCUUAUUUGAAAUUUCAUCAACAUUUGCACAAUUUGUGGAGUAACUCAGACGUCCGGGAAGCGGCAGCUCCAGCUGCUCUGCAACCCAUCGUCCGCCUUUGGAUUGAGAUUUGCACCGCUGUAAGAACUAGCGUUGACCAACAUCUCAUUGUACCGCCAACAGGAGGCAAAACUCUAGGAACUAUGGUGGAAACGAAAAGAAGAGAGGCUUCUGGAGGUGGGUGCGAACUGUGCAAUUGCAGCUUUAAAGUUCCUGUCACGGUACACAUGCGCAUGAACCAUCCAGGAUGUGGGCAGGAUGCACAGGGGUAUGGUUAUAAUUCUUCUGGAAAAUUUACAUCCGGAUGGUCUGGCGAUUGUGGCAGUGGAGGAAGAGCAGCAUCAACUUGGUACCUCUUGUGUUCCGCGUGCCGAGCACAGUACUUGCGUAAAACACCUGCUGGUUUUCGGCAGGAAAGAGCACGUCGAUGGCGCGAAUUUCGACUGUCAGCGAAUGCGUUCGACUCUCGCCCGGAAAUCAUUAUGCGCCAAAAUGCGGUGUUCCUCUUGGACCUGAACUCGUCGCUCGACUGUGAUUCGAAGGCUUCUUCCACAGCAACAUCCGGGUGGACAAUAAACUUAUUCCCAACUCAAACACCCAGUCCAUCUGCGAUGGGUAGAAGUGGACCUAUUGGCAAGAAAGUUGUCGACUCUGCUCUGUUUGCUCGUUCAUCUUUUUUGUCCCAGUCACUGAGCAGGACUGGCCAUGCCUCUGAUCCUGGGCCCAAGGCUCUACCAACAUCUCCGCCCGUAAUAGCAAUGCAAUCAUUAGCUAUGGAUGGCACUAGAAGUGAUGAAGGUGACGCUAGAGAGGUUCUGCAAUCUCCAUCUGCUGCUCUACGAACAUUGAUAUCGCAUCAAACUCCUACAACAGGUGAAAUGCUGAAGAGACCUGUGUUAGCCUUUGUUGUAGAACAUCACGAUUUGAAAAGGCUUCGAGCUGCUUGUGAACAAUCUAUAAUUCGAGCUGUAGGAUUUUCGCAUGCAUUCCGAGUAUGGAAUUGGUUGUUGAGACUAGUAUCAUCAGAAACGAGCGUAUCAGACAUAAUUUUGCAAUAUCUGGCUGCUUUAUCGUCCUACAAUUCAUUUUCUGAUGCUUUUUCAACACAACAUGUGCGGGUUUUACCGCAUCCUUGGCGGUUAUGCUUCCUGGCUGGACCAUUGGCUGCAAAAAUGGUUCAACAUCUCCACGCAUUUUUGUAUACCAUUGCUGUUAUCUUGCAGUCGUCUGGAGUUGAUGCCCGAUUACGGUCGCUCUGCUUUAAAGCAUGGACUAUUCAACUGACGGCACACGAACAAGAACUUCUCAUUUUGACGUGUAACAUCCUUGGCACUGUGGGAGGGGUUUUGUCAGAGCCAUCCAUUUCUGAGAAUUGGAUCACUGACUCCACCGAUCGUUCAAAUCUACCCCAAAAGGGCAAUGACAACGUUGAUGUAAAGGAAAUGCGAGACUUAACAAACUACGCCCGAAUAGAAGCCAGCUCUCGGCAAGCUAUGGUAGUCUGUUUGACAGAUGGAAGUCCGGAGACGUUUUGGGAAAGCGGAGAAGAGGAUAAAAGUCGAUCACGAAUGUUAAACGUCACCUGUGAAGGAUGUUCGCCCGUCCUUCUGUGUUUGUUCAUCGACAAUUCUCGCGAUGAGGCAUUUCGCACAUCACUGAUAGCGUUUCGAGCUGCGAUGACCGAUGGAUCGCGACGCGAUCUAAUGUCGAAAAACUUGGAUCAAAAUUUUUCUGGAUGGGUAAAAUGUUGCGUCGCCAGCGUUACACAUAUUAAUAUUUCAUUGAAAGGACCUCAUAACGCUUCACGUGUUCGUCAGUUACAAUUGCUGGGGUUCCUUGCUGAUGGCAAUGCGGAGGUAAUACGACCAUCUGCUUCCCACCAGUUAUUCUUCAACAACACGCAACAUGAUGCUUUCGCCUUAUUCCAGGCUAUUUCCGCCCAGGCGUUCUCCGGUGAAAGCUGUGAACAGCAGGAUGCUUUACGUGAAAGAGUUGUGGACCUCUUAUUUAGUCGGGUAACACUGCAGCCACUCCAAAAUUACGUUUGUACUCAAGUGGAAGCAGCUUUAGAGAGAGAGGUGGAACGUUUAUGUUCUCAAGGAAAGCGCAACUAUUCGUACGCUGUAGGUCUGUUAGCCAUGGCAAAUCGAAUGUGUGAGACACGAGCUACGAGCAAUGGUGAAUGCGACGUCGCCCCAAGACAUCAGGUCUUACAAGCGGCUACAAGACUAUUAGCGUUUGCACCAGAGGCUGUCCAGACGCAAUGCUUGUCAUCUCUUUGCAGUCUUCUGCCUACGGCACGGGCGUCAUCUGUUGAUGUCAAUCGUUUGUUGAGGCAUUUAUUAGUGCCGGUGGCGAAGGCACUGGUUUUGCAAGUCAGAGAUAAAGCUGCACAUUCUGUGACAACAACAACAAUGAAUAGCUGCUUAACAAAUGCACCACUCAGCUGGAGAACGGAUCGAUCAGUAUCGCCAGAAAUUGGGAAGAUGACUGCUCAAUUUAUUAGUGAUGUUUGUUCUGGUGCCUUCAAUGAAGAUUGGUCAGUGAGCAUGCGAAGAGAGCUGGCAACAGCACUUUUGGGUGUAGUACAGUUGACGACUUCAUUGUCGAAAUCUGGCUCACGGGAAAGUAUGAGCAAGGAAGCUAUCCCUUCAAUUUUGAACUCAAAAAGGUUCUGGCUUUCUGUUGCUGCUUUGGCGCUUGUUCGUGAUCGCUCAUGGCUAGCUUUGAGCGAGAAAUGGAAUGACGUGCGAACCCCAAGCCAGGGACCAAUCACGUUGUGCGAAAAUCACGACGAUGGUGUGACUCCAGCUCAAGUGUUUUGCUCUGAUUGUGAAUGUGCAUUAUGUCGUGAAUGUUUCUCUGUAAUGCAUCUGCACAAAAGAAACCGAUCACAUCGUGUCACGUCUCUGGCUCCACCUCCAGCUCGUUUGGAAGAGAUCGAUAUUCAUCAGGGAUGUGCCAGGAUGCGAGUGGCGAAUCUGCUGAUUCUGUUCCACGGAGAAUCGUUAAAUGGUUUGGUAGAAUUGCCAGCGGAUCCAUUUGCUGUACUGACCACCGCAGUAAACAUUCCCGCUGGAAGAUCUACACCUUCGGUGUGCCGAUUCUGUGGCAAUGCGUUGGAUCCACACAAUCAGCUUGUUGGUGUCUGCUCACAUCCUGAUUGUGUGCGAUACUCUGCCACGGCCUGUUGUCGAACUCUAGCAUGUGGACAUCGCUGCGGAGGAAUUGCUGGGGAGAAACACUGCCUACCUUGUUUAGUGUGCACGAGCGAAGGAACUGCUCAGGACGGUGAUGAUGUGUGCGUAGUAUGCUUUACGGAUCGUUUAUGUGCUGCACCUUGCAUACAGUUGGGGUGUGGUCAUCUGCUUCAUUACCACUGCGUGCGAGCAGUUCUGGAAAAGCGUUGGCCAGGGCCUAGAAUACAGUUUCGGUUCAUGAAUUGUCCUCUAUGUAAUGUCCCGAUUUCUCAUCCUGGUCUUUCCGAUAUUCUUGAGCCUCUCCUAGCAUUAAAAGCUGAUGUCACAGCUAAAGCAAAUAUGCGUUUAGAGUUCGAUGGACUUUUAGGUUGCACAGCUCUUACUGAUCCUCAGAGUGAAUACUUUGGGAGAUCUGAAGAGUACGCGAUGGAUCGAUAUAUGUACGUUCUAUGCAAUGUAUGCAAAAAAGCAUACUUUGGAGGCGAAAGCCGUUGUCAAAUGGGACUACAAUCCUUUCAAUUUAACGCAACAGAGUUGGUGUGUGGUGGUUGCUCAGCCCCAGCUGGCACUGAAGUAUGUGGAAGACAUGGCGCCGAAUAUUUGGAGUACAAAUGUCGAUACUGCUGUUCCAUCGCCGUCUAUUUUUGCUUCGUGAGUGACGUUGACGAGGUCCUUGAGCCGUAUCCAGCUGAGCCCUCAGCUGGUCCAUCCGUGUAG